AUGUCUGAAGAGAAACAUUUCAGCCGGCUCUUGCGAAGGAGUUGAGUUGCUUCACAGAAGUGGUUUCGAUUUCAAGACGCGAACAUAUGUUUCGUUUGCAUAAUUUUGAAUGUUGCUAUACAUGUGGUGUGAAUUGUUUUGAAACAGGACGAUAGAAUUUACUUAUUUUUAUAUUUCUUUUGAAUUAACGUUUUCAUUUUGGCAACCCAAUCAUUAAAUUCAAUAAAAUAGCGAAAUUUUGCCAAAAGUAAUUAGAAACUCAAUUUUUUUAUCUUCCUCAAUAACAAUUUAAUUUUUAAAGUUGCGUAAUAAUUUUUAUUCGAAAUUCCAACUACAACUAAUUUUUUUGCACAAAUAUGUGGAAUAUUUUGAAGAAAAAAAUCAGUGCUUCUGAAAAUUUUGUGGAUAUCUCAAAAAGUUGACACCUUUCAGCCGUCGCAUGCGGCAGAAAAGGAAGAAGGCCGUCCACUCAUCAAAGUCUCGAAUUGUGGAUCUGCAACGGCGACUUUGGAUUACGAUAGUGGUGUGGCGGAUCUGAGGAAAGAGCGAGAGCUUCACACGGACGUGAAUGUUGAACUUUCUGUGUUUUGGGUUUGUGGUUGGAAACUCGUGGCACUACAUUGGCCACGCCUUACCAGCCAUGAGCCUGCCUCCAAAUGGCAGCCAACAAUCACCUCACCAUCAUUUGUUACCACCAGAAUGUUCAACAUCUUCUCAACACCAUUAUACGCCGACCACAAGUCGGCGGCAAAAGGUUUGCGGGGCAUGCGGUGAUCGAGCAAAAAGCUACCAUUUUGGCGGGAUCUCUUGCGACAGCUGCAAAGCCUUCUUCAGGCGGUCAGUACAGAAUGAAGCUUUCAAGAAUUUUCACUGCCCUUACGAAGGAAAAUGUGAGAUCACCAUCACUUCAAGAAAGUGCUGUCAGUAUUGCAGAUUUAAAAAGUGCCUCUCUAUCGGUAUGGAAACCGGAUGGGUAAUGACAGAAGAAGAAAGGUUAGCUCUUGUAAAAAAUAGAAUGGAACGAAAACAGAGACAAGGUACUCAAGAGUUUACGACACAAGUACAAGAAUCUAGUAAGAAGGCAUACCUUGGAAUUCCAUUCUCCGAAUACGAACCAGAUGUUAGUGAUUUGUCAAAAAUUUUGUCAUCUGAGAAUAUGCAGUUGAUAGAAUUUUUAGUCAAUGCCUAUGAAUCUAGUUAUAACGAAGUGCCUUUUAGUGACAAUAUAUCGAAAUCAGCUCCCUCAUCUGGGCGAACGAGAACUGAAAUACUCGACAUGUUUUUCACGACGGUUAAGCAGUUUACGAACUUUUCACAGAAACUAGAAUCAUUUAGAAAAAUAACGCAACACGAUCAAGAGAUUCUACUGCGAACUGGUGUCUUAGAACUCUGCUUUAUCCGCGGUGCUUAUGUUUACGACGAUAAAUUAGCCAGGUGGCCGCAUACUGGAAAACCGAUGUACAGGAACUCACCAACACUGGAUGCUGAAGACAUUAAAAAAUUGGUGUCAACCGAGCUUUACAAUAAACAUAUGAAAUUCAUCAGAAGUGUGAAAGACUUGUGCCCUGAUGAGGUGACCACUAUGUUACUGUUGGUGACAGUCCUGCUUUCUCCUGAUAGACCAGGAUUGGAAAACGAAGCUCUUGUCGCUGAAGAACAGGAAAAAUUCUAUUUAUUAAUGAAAAAAUACAUGUCCUGGCGUUAUGGGGAAGAAAAUACAUUGGUGUUAUAUCCCAAGUUGCUCCUGAGGUUGCCUGACUUGAGGGAACUAAACGACAACCACACAGAUUACAAUUUAAGACUUGCCACGGAAGAAAUCCAACAAAUUCAACAGAAGUUGUCUUCUCUCAAAAUAGAUUCGUGUUUUCAAAAAUCUGAAACAACUAGCAGCGAAAGCCAAUCUACUUCACGUCCGCCAUCUGCAGCACCUAGUAGCAGUGACUCAUCCUAUAGAGUGCCUUGGAGUUUAACUCGAGAUGUUCUCAGAAUUCCAACUUCUCCUCUUUCGCAAGAAGAAGAAUCGAGUUCCAGUGAAAGUUCUGAUAGAACAGGGCAAUAUAAAUCUUAAUGGAGUAACCAGAUGGGCUUUACCAUGCUUCGUAUCUUUCUUAUGGUGCUUUAUGAAAUCAACCAUGACAAACAUUUUCUUUUCACUGAUGAUGAAUCUUAAUUUAUUUUGAUACUUACUGCCUGGGAAGUGAGAAUAUUUAAUACACAGAAGGAAAACUAUCUACGAGUGUUAUUGUCAUAAGUUAUUCUAAAGCGUAUAUUUCUUUCAAGUAUAGGUGUACAUAUUUAAAAGAAAAGUGAUGAAUUUUACCAUAGCUUCCAUGAACGAUUUAAUGUGCAAUUAUAACAGUGAGAGAAUAGAGCUGUUGCAAAUAUAUUUGAAAAUUGAUUUUGAAAUGUAUAAUUGAUAUUGAUAUGAACAAAGUAAGGUUUAGAAUUGUUUUUAAAGUGGCUUGAUUGUCUUUUUCAAAAUGAAUUUAUAUUUUUUUUCUAAGUUUUAUUUAAUCCUGAUAAUUAAAUUUCCAUUAAAAGCACUACUUUCCCCUUAAAUAAAAUGAAAAAGGUCAGCUUUUGCAUGCAGGAAAACUCCUAACUUAAGCUAGAAAACUAGUGCUGUAAGGGUUAGUACUCGUUUAGAUAUAAUUUAUCAAGAGCUACCUUCAAUUUAUUGAAAAAAAAUAUUAUUGUCCCCAACUUGUGCUAAAAUUUUAGUUUCUACUGUUUUACGUUUCACAUAAUUUGCAGAUUACUUGUAGAAGCAAAUCUGAGACUACUGCUUCUAUUUUAUGUCGACUGUGAUUUAUAUAUAUAUUUGAAAAGAGAUGCCACGCACAAUGAUCUCAACAAGACUUCUUAAAACAGAGUUUAUAAACCUAUUUUGUUGUAUACGAAACAAAAAGUAUAAAUUGAUAUUUUUGCUUAAUGUUUUAUAAAACUGUGCUCUUUAAUUAGGGCGCUAACUGCUGAAUGUGCGUAGACAUAACUGAUCAACAAGUUUCCAAUAAACUAGAAAUCAAAAAUCUAUUCUUUAUAAGCAAACUUUGUUCGUCCAAUGUUAACCCCUUGGGGACGGGUGAUUCAGAAAAGCAUUCUUACAAAAUCAGAAUCAAGUUGUAAUUAAAUAAAAAACGGUAACUUAAAUGUAGUCGUUGCUAAUUUGAUCGACUUACUUUGCUUUUACUUUAAUUAUUGUUCGUUUAAUCAUACAUAUAAUCAGUGUUAACUCAACGUAUAACUAAAUAGUUUUAUUUUGAACAAAGUAAUGGUGAAUUAAAUAAAUCAAACAAUUAUAACUCCGCCCACAAAUAAAGUGCUAAAUAAAUACUUUGA